AUGCCACCAAUUGCAAAGCCUGGACAAGACGACUCACAAGAUCGUCUACGCGCAGCCAAAGCCUGCCAGCGGUGUAAUGCUCGACGCGCUGGCUUCGAACAUGAUUGUACGCUGAGGCAGUCCAAGCGAGGGACAUACCCGAGGAAGAAAGCGAAGCAUCACCAGACCCUGUCUACAGUCGAAGCAGACAACGACCCGGAUUCAUCUCGUUUGAGCGAGACCUUAGCGACGCCGGAAGGUUUGUCGCAACGCGAGCUCACGACAUGGCCGCGCGACCGGGAGACCAACCGUCGGAGCGACAAGUCCCCAAACAUGUUCCCACCACCGCCACCGCCGCCAUCAACGCGGCCCUGGACACCGACAAGUAUGAGAGAACGUCCAUCGCCCCCCUUCGUGACGCAGAAUGAUCCCACACCCCCAACAUCGCACGUCCAGUGGCAAUACCCUUCGGAAGAUCGGCUUGCCACUUUAGCGAUGCUUGCGGCGUCUCCCGGCUACCGUGCCAUGGAAGUCCCUCCGGAACCCAGAACGACGGCUGGAGCAGGCAACAAUCGUAUUGAUCUUGCCUCCCCAGAAUCAACUAUGUCUCGGAAUAGUGGGUCUUCUUAUCGAGAAAUUUCAUGGACGGCGAUGUUCGAUCACUUCUUGAAUGGGAGGAAGACGGAAGGCACGGACAUGGUCGACAAGUGCUCGAUUACAUAUCUGGGCGAGUCCUUUCCAUUAGCCAUGGUCCUGCAAGAUCUCACAGAUAAUGGUGCACCUCGAUUACAUCACGCUGGUCCUCCUCUCCAAGGCGAGUCGACCCCUACCGCUGCGAAUCCACCGGACCUCCAACAUCCUUCGCAUAUGGCAGACGAGGACAUUGCUUUCCUCCAGGCCAAAGACGCUUUCGCCUAUCCCGACGACAAAACCUUGACCGCCCUCGUCGCCACAUUCCUUGAGCGUGUCUAUCCUCUCUAUCCAGUCGUCAGUCUCCAGGAAUUUCUCAUGCAGUACAAGACGAGGACGAUACCUUUCAUCUUGCUCAACGCCAUUUGUUUCGUGGCCGCUACCUACUGUCCACUGGCAGCAUUGCAUCAAGGCGGGUUUACUGGGAGAAGAGAGGCACGCUUUUCGUUCUACAAGAAGGCAAAGGCCAUAUUCGACACAGGAUAUGAGUGCAACAAGAUUGCAAUCCUACAAAGCUCUAUCCUGCUGACGUUCUGGGGAGGCGGACCGAACAAUUACUGGAAUUUCUACUCUUGGAUUGGCACGAGUGUCACCAUCGCUGAGACGCUUGGCAUGCAUCGAUCACUGGCUGCAACGAACAUGUCAAAGCAGGAUCGAAGCUUAUUGAAGCGGCUCUGGUGGAUACUUAUCAUUCGAGACUCUUUCUGUGGCGCGCUCGUGGGCCGACCCUUCCGUAUAGGUAUGGAGCAUUCCGACACGGAGAUGUUGACUCCGGAAGACUUUCAACAUGAUGAGCCAUGCCUGUCAGUCGAAAAACAUCCCUACAGAUUCUUGUACGGUGAAUACCAGAUCCACAUGGCUUCGCUGGCGUUGAUACUCCGCGAGAUCGUCAUCACACGGUUUGGACCGAAGAAGAAGUCUCAGACGAGGGCGGAGCUCAACUCCAUGCUACAAUCGUGGCGGCAAACCUUACCGCGAGAGCUCAGCUGGUCCGAUCAUGCUUCGAAGAAGCUGAACGUUUUCGCCACAUCCUUGGCCAUGAUUUACAAUCAUCAUGUAAUACUGAUCAACUUCGGAUUCCGAAGAGACAAUAGCGCUCAGGAUGCCAGCGAAGCUGAGGCCACCACAUUACAGGCUGCUUCGCAAGAAGCAGCUCGUGUGAUCUCCGAAUUUGCAUGCUUCAUCGUCACUAGGUCGCUGGUCCUCACCGUGCCACACGAAGCCUUCAGUGCACUUUUUGUGGCUGAGGUGGUCUUCUAUACCCAAGUCAAGAGUGCUCAGGCGAUGGUUGCGCAGGUAGGUCGCAUGUCGCUGAACAAUUGUCAGAUGGUGCUACAUAACGCCAAAGAAGCGUGGGAUCCUGCUCCGUGGGUCAUGCAGCUCUUCGAAAAUCUCAUGAGUACGUCCAAAGAUGCGACGACGGCCAGCGACGGACACGAUCACAGCAGAAGUGACACACAUGUCAACGCCACUUCCAACGAUUUCAUCGAUAUCUUCGGGAUGGGCGGACCAACGGAUGGUGUUGCGAUAGGCGGCGAUUUCAAUGCUUUGCAGUCUAAUAACUUGUUGUCUACUUUCCUUCAGAUGCCGAACGAGAUGGACGGCUUUGCGGGACUAGACUUCUUGGGUCUGUCCGGGGACUUUGGCGACGUCAUGCAAGCGGGUUCGCGGCAGUAG